AUGGGGAAAGAGUGGAUACUUAUUGUCGCAAACUUCAUUGAUAAAUCAUUUGAUGUGUUAAAUCCUGAUUCCUCAGUAGGAAAGUUCUCCACAGUAGUUAACACUGUGAUAUUCAAUUUCAAACAACUAUUUGUCAAAUGUUAUCCUGGUUGCUUCAAGUUCAACAUACAUGAUUUUAGUGUUAAGUAUGUUCAUGUGCCAAAGCAAAACUUUAGGUAUGAUUCUGGAAUUUUUGUGAUCCAAUAUAUGAGAUGCUACAAUGGAGUUGAAGUACAACAAUUCUCAAAUGUUGACUUGCAAGCAAUCCGUGAAAAAGUCUCAUGCCAGCUAGUGAUAAACAAAUUUAAUGAGCAACAGGUGCCAAUAGCACGAGAAUUCAUUUCGAAGCAUGCUCCACAUCUUCUUCAUUGAUUAAGUUAGCAAUUUAUUUCAAGGAGACAGAUGAUGUAUUGAAAUUGUA